AACUAAAAGUUUUAAAGUGUUUUUGGAUACAUAAGUUGUUGAUGAAUCUGAUAAGCAAUAACUGAAAUGAUAUCAAUUCGAAUUUCUAACAGAAACUAAGGAAAGAAAAAUCGGAUAUUUUCUGACGAAAAAAAAGAAAACUAGUACGUCUUUAGCUGCGGUGUAGUAGAUUGAGUAAGUGUGAGUGAAGAUUUUGAGAAUUUUUCCUUAAAGAAUUAAAAUAUCUGUAAAUAUCUCAUCUAUACCACAUAGCUUUCUCUUAUAUACUUUUAAAUUUAAAUUUGUUGACUUGCAAAGCUGCUAUUGAACAGUUUAAAUCACUCAAUCAAACAGCAAAUGUUAAAUUACUUAUGUGAGUUUUUCUUGUUUGAUUUUCGCCUGAAAAAAAAAACGGAACGUAUAGUUCUCCUUCAUGAAAAAGUUUUUCUCGGUUGUGAUAAAUAAUUUUUGUCGAAAGAAAAUAAUACAAAAGCACAUUAAAUGAAAAGUUUAUAUUGUUGUUGACGGUUUAAUACAAGACUUGAACACUUGAAAUCUCAUGAAACAUAGUGCAAUAAUUGAAAUGUUGAUAAGCCCUUCAAUCCUUUAAAGAAGAAAAAGAAGUAAGAGAAAAAUAAAUUAAUCAAAAAGCAAGAAAUACAAAAAAAAAUACGAAAUUAGGUGUAUCGAUAAGCAACUCACUUGUUUGAGAAAAAUUGAACUGUUCUCACCGUAUAGUGCUGUUAAUUCUUUUUUGAAACCAAUUAAGACUAUUACACUAAAUAUUGUUAACUAGUUGUUAAAGAAGCCUCAUACAAACGUUAUUCAAAAUUAAGCAAAAUUGAAAAUCAUGAGUGACAGAGCAUCUUCACCGAAUUUAAUAGAGUCAGGAUUGAAUGGAUUAAAAUCAUUAAUUGGAGGUGGGCGAGAUAAUUAUCCCCUUAUAAGCGGGACGAAUGGAAAAACAAAUAAUAACAACAACAAUAACAGCAUCAACAACAACAACAACAAAGACAUUUGUGGUGAUGACAAACAUAAAGAAGACGGAGAUCCUUGGAAUGUUGAAGCACAAGCGGCAUUCCUAGGGCCAAAUUUAUGGGACAAAACUUUACCAUAUGAUACAGAUCUCAAAGUACAUCAAUAUGCAGAUUUGGAUGAAUUUUUAUCAGAGAAUGGAAUUCCAGUCGAUGGUUUACCAAGCAGCCAUUUAGGAGGUCACUCAACAGGUAUUGGUAAUGGCACUGUUGGUCGAAAUGACAGUCUAGGACAUGGAUUGUCCUUGAGUUUGGGCACUGUAACAAAGCGUGAAAGAUCGCCAUCACCAUCAGACUGCAUGAGCCCUGAUACAAUCAACAACCCUCCGUCUCCAGCCGAUUCGACAUUUUCGAUGUCCUCUUCACGUGAUUUUGAUCCUCGAACACGUGCAUUUUCCGAUGAAGAGUUGAAACCGCAACCAAUGAUUAAAAAAUCUCGCAAACAAUUUGUUCCAGAUGAAAUGAAGGAUGAUAAAUACUGGGCUCGAAGACGAAAGAACAACAUGGCAGCGAAAAGAUCAAGAGAUGCACGCCGCAUGAAAGAAAAUCAAAUCGCACUUAGGGCGGGCUUUUUAGAGAAAGAAAACAUGAAUUUGCAUCGUGAAGUAGAGCAGCUUAAGCAGGAAAAUAUGGAACUACGUGCGCGCCUCCAAAAAUAUCAAGAUGUGUAAUUUACCUAAAUCAAAGUUGGAGACUAAUUAAGAGACAAACCUAUCAUUAAUUACACACAUACACACAAACACACUAAAUGUUCUUGUCGAAUGUCAAAGACUUAAAUUUAAAAAAAAAUAUCUUUUGUUUUGAAAAGAAAUGAUAUUCAAGACGAAUGUUAAACAAAAACUGAUUAAAGCAUAAUCUGUUCACAAGACACCACAAGCUAUAAAACCACCACAAUUCUUUGAUAUACAACUUACGAUAUAUUGAAUUGUUUUUCUUCUUCUCUUACUUGUAGACUAGAAUACUAUAUUUUUAGUAGUAAUAUUUUUGUUUUAUACACGGUUUAAUAACAACAAUUACAAAUGAUAUCAAUCUAUUUUGCAAUGGAUUCAAAUACGGAAUCUGAUGAUUAAAAAAAUAAUGUAGGAACAAUAAGUGGUCACGAUAUUGCCGAUAGAACUUUUACAAGAAAAAGAAAUGACAUAAACUGAAUUUGAAAUUAAAGAAAGCAAGUUAUGUCUGUGUAUGUAUCUAAUGUUCUACACUUUUUACACACAAUUUAUGUUCAAUCAGACAAGAAAUAGUUUACAUUGAUGGGGACUUUGAACUGUUAUUUUUUAAAAUUAAUUUGUGCUAAGUUUAUUGUAUUCGGACGAACAAGUUUUGCAAAAAUCUUCCAAAUUUUACACGAGGAAUAAAGAUUUUAUUUGAGCACUCACGACAGACAUGUAUAAUACUUACAUGGUAGAGAGAAAUACAGUGAAAUCCAAAAAUAAAUAAAAAGAAAAGUUAUAGCUCAUAAUUGAGGAUAAAGGAAAAUUACUUGAUAAGAAAGCACCGCAGAGUUUAAAAAUAUUUAAGGCUUCUCCAUCAAAGAUGUGAACAGUCUUAAAAAGCAUAAAUCAAAGUUUGCAAGUUGUUAGAGUAUAAUUACAACUAAGUAAAAUCAGUGUUUCGAUCAGAGAGAUUUCAUCUGCUCUGCUUUUGUCAAGACUCGAUUUUCCCAAGUUAAAAUGUAUGGUUCGCUUAGUUUAAUCGAAUCGAUUCGAAGCACUGUUACUUAAUGCAAGCUCACAAUGGCUGAUCGCCACGAGCCUACGCACUGGUUAAAUUGAAAAAGAAAAAAUACUUUUCAUUUAACAACAAUUCAUAUGAUUAAAUUUGGAUUAACAACACUGCCACGCGACCACUCGGAUAUGAAAUUCUAGAGAUCAGUUUCAUUUUAAUUAUGUUUUUCUUUGUUAUUAAUCUUUUUUUUUCUUUUUUUGUCAUCUGAGUUUGUUAGAGAAACAAAAACAAAAGAAAAUAAAAUGAAAAACAUAAACUCGUAAAUUUCAGCUGAGUCUCAAAUCAAGUGGCAAUUCAAAGUGAAAGAUGAGGUGUUUGUUUAGAAUAUGUAGAAAAAAAAAGAAAAUCUGGUAAGAAGUUUUAUUUGCUUCUCUAAGAUGAUGCAUCAUUUAAGUUAAUUUUUAUUUUGAGUUUGAAAUGAAAAACAAAAAAAAUAAAUUGUUGUUAAGAGAAAUUUGGCACAUUUUAAUGCGUAGAUUAAAAAUUUUAGGAAAACUAUUAGAUGCAUUAACGCGUUAACCGUACCUUUCGUAAAAUGGGAUAGCUAUUAAAAAUUAAGGCAAACUGUUUCGUUAAAAAACUUAAAAUUAAUCUUUUCCUUUUGUUUUUUGGUAUGAGAACACUCACAAUAAUUUUAAUGAAAAAUGAUAGCUUUCAUUAAUACAGUAAAUCUUUUGAAAGGGUAUUAAGCAUAAAUAGUGCAUGCGUGAAAAUUUUUUGACUUUUGACAUAACAGCUGAAACAGAGAGAGAGAUUGAUUACGAGAGAGUAGUUUUCCUGAUUAUCGAAUGAACACUUGUUUUUGAUUGUUUUUUGAUCAAUUACUGAAGAAAAAAAUCUUUGAUACCAAAGAGGAAAAUUAUUAUACAAUGAAAUCGAAAUCGCUAUAAAAAUACAAAACAAAUACCUAGAUACCCGCCAGAUUCAACGAAGACAAAAUAAACAUAAAACAUAAACAUAAAAACAUAAAAAAUAUGUAUCUACGAGAAUGAGAAUGCAUAAAAUAGCGUCUUUAUUGUUUUUUUUCAAGUAGAGUCUGAUAAAAAUUGAAACGUUACUCAUACAAUUGUAGAAAAGGAUUAUAAUAUAAUGUUUAAGAAGCCGUAGUGAUAUGUAGUUGGGAUAUGAUUGAAUUUAAAAAAAAGAAAACAAAUUAUUAAAAACCCAUGCAAUUACGUACUAAAAUUAUAAUAGUUAAACUAUUUUAGAUGAACAUUUUUCCGAAAAAAAGAAAAACAGAGCAUAAGAAAGAAAAUAAUAAAUAGAUGAAAAAUAAUGCGUUACCGCUAGUUGCUAAUAUAGAAAAUGAAAAUUGACUUGCUAAUGUUCAUGCAAUUCGCCGGAUAAUAAACGUUACUCAAACCUGUUAGUUCGAGAACAAGAGGUUUUCUUUAUUAUUCAUAGAUACCUUUGUUUUGGAAUAAGAAAACUAAAAAUAAUAUGAUUUUAAUUCCCUUUGUUAAUUGAAUAUUCAAAAGUUUAAAGAAAAACCUCUUUGACUAGUGCAAUUUUUUUCUGUUCUAAAAUGUAGAAAAAUUUCAACUUUUGGAUUGGCUCUAAAGUCUUUAGUAAUUUUAGGUGAAUACUUCGUCUCUUAGAUGCUGUUAUUUUUGUUAGUAAUUUUUCUGUUUUUAGUUUUAAUGUUUUUUCCCUUAUUUUGUUAUAUUAGGAAAUUCUUUGAAUUAAAAUAAAUAGAAAAACAAUCGUUUGCAAAGCAUUCUUAUUAGCAUUUUUAUUUAUUCAUUUCUCAUAAUUGAUAUCAUAAAACUUCAAAAUUACCGUCCAAACCAAUCAAAAAUAAAAAAAAUAUUUUUCACUAAACCUUGUCUGAGACUCGCUCUUUAUAAUCUUCCCUUAUUUUGUACUAUCAUUUAUUUCAGAUUUUGUUAUUUCUGUUUUCUUUCUUAAGCUUUUUUAUUCUUUUUAAAAAAGGAAAAGAAAAAGGAUUCUUAAUUUUUCUUGGAAGUGAAAGAAAAAGAUCUCAAAAAAAGGAAGAAAUUCAUCAAAAUUAUUGUAACAGGCUUAAAUAUUAAAAAAGUGCCUCAGAUUUUGAAAAAAAGGUUAUAUCAUCAUUUCUUUACAUUAAAGUUUAAUUUGGUCUAUUUGAAUUAAAGGCUGGGUGUGAAAGAACUUUCAUGAGAAAUUAAAAGAAAAGCUUGAAGUUCAGCAUCAAUGAAUGUAUCGAAGAAGCAGGAUAUUAUCGAUAUUAAUUGCAUGUAUUUUUUGAAGAUUGAUUAAUGAAAACUAAAUAAAAAUAUGAGCGUUGAACUAGCAAAA